AUGGAGUGUGGAAAGAGCUUUUGUAAUAGGAAGAAACUUACUUCCCAUAAAAGGAUCCACACAGGGGAGAAGCCAUAUAAAUGCACGGAGUGUGGAAAGAGCUUUAUUAGUAGCAGUCAACUUAUCUCUCAUAAAAGGAUCCACACAGGGGAGAAACCAUAUAAGUGCAUGGAGUGUGGAAAGAGCUUUACUACUAGCAGUCAUCUUACUUCCCAUAAAAGGAUCCACACAGGGGAGAAGCCAUAUAAAUGCACGGAGUGUGGAAAGAGCUUUAUUAGUAGCAGUCAACUUAUCUCUCAUAAAAGGAUCCACACAGGGGAGAAACCAUAUAAGUGCAUGGAGUGUGGAAAGAGCUUUACUACUAGCAGUCAUCUUACUUCCCAUAAAAGGAUCCACACAGGGGAGAAGCCAUAUAAAUGCACGGAGUGUGGAAAGAGCUUUAUUAGUAGCAGUCAACUUAUCUCUCAUAAAAGGAUCCACACAGGGGAGAAACCAUAUAAGUGCAUGGAGUGUGGAAAGAGCUUUACUACUAGCAGUCAUCUUACUUCCCAUAAAAGGAUCCACACAGGGGAGAAGCCAUAUAAGUGCACCGAGUGUGAAAAGAGCUUCUGUGAAAAUACAUCCCUUAUGAGACAUAAAAUGAUCCACACAGGGGAGAAACCACAUGAAUGCAUGGAGUGUGGAAACAGCUUCAGAAUAAGCAGUCAACUUAUUGUCCAUAAAAGGAUUCACACAGGGGAGAAGCCAUAUAAAUGCAUGGAGUGUGGAAAGAGCUUUCGUACUAGGAGCAAAUUUACUUUCCAUAAAAGGAUCCACACAGGCGAGAAACCAUAUAAAUGCAUGGAGUGUGGAAAGAGCUUUCGUACUAGGAGCAAAUUUACUUUCCAUAAAAGGAUCCACACAGGCGAGAAACCAUAUAAAUGCAUGGAGUGUGGAAAGAGCUUUCGUACUAGGAGCAAAUUUACUUUCCAUAAAAGGAUCCACACAGGCGAGAAACCAUAUAAAUGCAUGGAGUGUGGAAAGAGCUUUCGUACUAGGGGUGAACUUACUUCCCAUAGAAGGAUUCACACAGGGGAGAAACCAUAUAAGUGCAUGGAGUGUGGAAAGACUUUUCGUCGAAACAGUAAUCUUAGUUCCCAUCAUAAAAGAAUCCACACAAGGGAGAAACCAUAUAAAUGCACAGAGUGUGGAAGGAGCUUUUCUACUAGCAGUGAUCUUACUUGCCAUAAAAGGAUCCACACAGGGGAGAAACCAUAUAAAUGCAUGGAGUGUGGAAAGAGCUUUACUGCUAGCGGUCAUCUUACUUCCCAUAAAAGGAUCCACACAGGCGAGAAACCAUAUAAAUGCAUGGAGUGUGGAAAGAGCUUUACUACUAGCAGUCAUCUUACUUCCCAUAAAAGGAUCCACACAGGCGAGAAACCAUAUAAAUGCAUGGAGAGUGGAAAGAGCUUUACUGCUAGCGGCCAUCUUACUUCCCAUAAAAGGAUCCACACAGGCGAGAAACCAUAUAAAUGCAUGGAGUGUGGAAAGAGCUUUACUACUAGCAGUCAUCUUACUUCCCAUAAAAGGAUCCACACGGGGGAGAAACCAUAUAAAUGUGUGGAGCAUGGAAAGAGCUUCAGGAGGAGGAAUGACCUAAUUGCCCAUACACAGAUCUGUUUGGGCGAGAAUCCAUGUAAAUUCUAGAUUUAGUUGUUUAAAUCUAUACAUUUUCUAUUUAUGUACAAUGAACUGGGAAAAUAAGAUUUCUUUGAGUCUGACACUCACAGCUGGCAGCCCAAGGGAAAUUAAUUUACCAAUGAAAAUAAAA